CUUGAGCGCAGAGAGUUGAUCUUGCGCGCUCUGAUGAAUACCGCCCGAGGAUAAGAUGGAGCCCACAUCUCGUUAUGCACAAGAUGUCAACAAUCUUCACACUGUGCUUUCCAGUGUGACAGCUACCCUCGGGGCUCGUCAACGCUCCGUCGUUACCACAUACACCCUCUUCUCGUUCCGAACCAGCUUUCCAUCAUGCCUGUAUUGCGUACUGGUCAACGCCAUACCUUGAGAGCCAGGCAAAGCUCUCCUCUGGCUCCGCGCAAUCAUGGGGUACAGGAACGACAAAGCACAGGUGGCCGCGCUAGAGAGUCGUCCUUCGCAGCUAAGGUGAUGCAACUACUCAGUGAUCACCACAAGGCCAACGAUGAUGCCAUGGCCUCUGGUGCUCUUGAAGUACCCGAGACACCGCAGGUAAGGCGGUUCACCAUUCCGCACAGAAGUAGUCCUGAGAAUCAGGUGCGGCACCAAGGCUCCAGCAAUGACCUCGCUUCUGGAUCUCUCCGAAUCGUUGAACCUCCAACAAGUCGUUCGUCGCGCACAAGAGCAGAUUUGGAGACCGCUCGGAACAGCCGCAGCACUAAUACACGUGUGGAGGUUCGCGUGUGUAUUCCUGGGCGACCAGACGAACGCCAUGUCGCCGAGGAUACCCCUCUUCAAUCUUCGCCUCCUCCAUUACGCUCAGCGAGUUCCGCAGCAUCGAGACCACACGACAGCGGCUUUUUCUCGGACAUCAACGAGCCAGACCGGGACCCCGUCGUGGCAAGACGCAACUUCAAUGGCCCCUCCAUGCGCGAUCUGCGCUCCGACCGCUCCUACGACGCGGAAGCCGAACACUACAGCACCCUCACCGCCGUGGAGAAACUGAAGCGCGAAGUAAAGCUCGCCCGCGAACCACACACGGAGCCCGACGGACGGAUUGCGCGCAUCAACAUCGGCGAGGGCACCGAGCUUGAGACCAUGCUGCUCGACGAGAUUGCAGCGCGGCUCUUCAGCAACAAGGACUGGGCGUGGUCUUUCUACUACCUCCUGGGCAACAAGCUGUAUGACGAGCAGACGUGCAUCACGGCCACCAUGCGCCGCGAGUUUCAAGGCAUCCCGCCCAGGCGCCGCAAGGUAGAUAAUCGCAUCAUUGCCUGCGAGUACUGCGUCGAAGAGAAGCUACCAUGCGUGCGCCUCUUUGUGGAUGAGAAGGGUGACAGGCGCUUGUCGAUUGUGGAGCUGCCGCGCGAAUACCAGCGGCGGUAUUGCCAUAAGAAGGAUAUCGGGUACUUUAUUCGAGGUCUGACGUGAGCACUGCACUGGCGAUAGAUGAUGGAGGGUAGGCCAGAUACAGGAUGUGGGGGGGAUCUUUACGCGUUGUACAUAUGCUGUGCCACCGCGCUCAUGAAGCUACGCGAUGCAC